CUGCACGUGAGGCAGCUAAGAUGGCGGCAGCAACAGCAACAUCUACUCAUACAGCCAUCACAAAAGAGAAAAAGCAUGAGACGAGACGAUGUGGUAAUUGUGGUCAAAGUGGCCAUAUGAAAACAAAUAAAAAAGUGCCCGCGAUAUGGACUAAGUUCAAUCGUUGA